GUAUACAGCACAUAGAGUCACUGAUGUGCCAUUAAUAUUUCAUUCCUUUGACUGGGUGGGGGUGUCCCCCUACAGCUGGAAACCACCCAGAAUCCGCUAGGGUGGGGUGUAGGAGGAGUGUAGGAGAGCACUGCGAAAAUCUUGCCUCACUUUACCGAUUGGGUUCCGUUAAUGCUGGCAUAUUUGUUGAUAGCUGUCCAGAAGCAAAUAACUGCAGUAUGCUGAGGCCACAACCUGUCACACCAAGGGGCCUUGGCCCUAACUAGGGACCCCUUCUUAUUUGGCAGUACUUCAAUUUAGGGAAUCUGUCUGGCUGAGACUUCUUGCAGAUUGCUGGGUUUGUGCAAGAGGUGAGAAAAUGGUUGGCUCUCUACUUCUUUGUAUAGUUGUGGCUCUUCUGGGGUUAACUCUCGGCUGCCCAGAACCCUGCAGCUGUGUUGACAAAUAUAAUCAACAGUUUGCUGACUGUACCUACAAAAAGCUUCAGAAGAUCCCAAGUGGGUUUCCUUCUAAUGUCACAACACUCAGCCUGUCUGCCAAUAAGAUUACAUCUUUAAAGAAGUCAAACUUCAUAGGCGUGCCCCAAGUAACUUCCCUGUGGCUGGCUCACAAUGAGAUAAGUGAGAUAGAGGAAGGAGCCCUGGCUACAAUGGUGCAUCUGAAGAACUUAGAUGUCAGUCAUAACCUGCUGGUAGACUUCCCUUGGGGUGAUUUGGCCAGUCUUUCAGCCCUACAGCUUAUUAAAAUGAACAACAAUCGUAUGGUGAACCUGCCACCUGAUGCUUUUCAAAACCUUAAGGAGCUAAAGUCUCUCAGGAUCAACAAUAAUCAAUUCACUGUCAUCCAAGAAGGAACAUUUAAGCCCCUCAUCUCUAUUUCACACAUCCAAAUUUACAACAACCCCUUCUACUGCUCUUGUUCACUCAUCUGGCUUAAAAAAUGGGCAGAAGAGGCUCAGUUUUCGGUGCCUGAGAAGGACAACAUUGCAUGUGCCUCUCCAGAGGAGCUCAAGGGCACACCAAUUUUUAAGAUACCAGAUUUGCCCUGUGAAGCUCCUGCUGUGAAGUUGAGCUAUUACCCAAACCUUGACAAUACAGAGCUUUAUGAUGGCUUUACCCUUACUUUGCAGUGUUUGUCCAGUGGAAUUCCUCCACCAACCAUUAAAUGGAAAUUCCGUAAUGCUACUCAAGAGACAGAGAUAAAGCAACCAGUUACUGGGCAGGUCAAAGAUUCAGCCAAGUCUCAGAAGUCUAGUUCUUUUCUUGUAUAUCAGAAUGGGACUUUGGUUAUUCCUCACCUUAGCAAGAAAUUGGAAGGUACAUACAUUUGCGAAGGGAACAAUGAAAUGGGCAGUAGUCAAGCUUCAGUCAAUGUGUCUGUAGCAGGGAGCCAGAAAUAUCCCACCAAGGUUACAGAGGAACCAACAAAAAGCAAGAUGCCGACAGAGAGCAAGAAACCCGGUGUAAAGACAUCUGAUAAUGGUAACAGCAUUCUAAAGCCUGACAAGUCAGAGGAGAAAGGCAAACCUCUGAUUCCUACAGAUCAGCCUUUAAUGACUGUUGGAAAUAAACUAGUUAUUCUGGAACACCCCAACCACCCUUCUACUCCUGAAAAGAAAUGUGGACCAAGUACUGGAGGACAGCAUAUAUCCAACCAUGCUUUCAAUGAAAGUACCAACCUAAAGCCUCACACAUUUGAGCUUGGGGUUAUUGCUUUGGAUGUAUCAGAGAAGGAUGCAAAGGUUCAAAUCACACCAUAUCAUAAUCGGCAAGGAAAUUACCAUCUUCGGAUGCUAUACUUAUGCCAGGAAGGUGACAGUGGCCUUACUUUGGUACAGUGGUCAGAGAUUGAGGACACAGUGAACUCUUAUUGGUUCCAAGGCUUAAUACCUGGUACUAAUUACUCUAUUUGUUUGGCCUACAAGGGGGAGGAUUGUCAGGUGCAAGUGGUUUUUACUACCAAGAAGGAAGUGCCUUCUUUGAUUAUAAUUAUUGUGGUGAGCAUUUUCCUUCUGGGUUUGGCCACCAUUCCUCUAAUGGGUGCCACUUGUUGUCACCUUCUUUCAAAGUACCAUGGUAAAAAUUAUAAGCUAAUUAUGAAGGCUCAGAAAUCAGAUCCUAUGGAAAAACAAAUGGCUGCUGACUUUGACCCAAGAGCAUCCUAUAUAGAAUCAGAAAAUAAUUUUAACCCUGGUGAGAUGGGGGAUGGGGAGGCCAAAGGAGAUUCAGUGCCCAUAGAAGGAGAAGGAGAGGGAGAGGCAGAAGUUGAAGGAAGUGUUUUGGAUGAGACAAUUCCAAACUCACAGUCAAAAACCAACCAGGAUGAGUUUGAGGUGGGAUCUGAGUACAGUGAUAGGCUUCCACUUGGUGCUGAAGCUGUGACUAUUUCUGAGGAGAUCAAUGGUAAUUACAAAGAGCCUGCAUGCUGAAUUGUGCAUGUCAGAAGUGCUCAUACAUCUUUCCCAAAAACUACCAUAUGCUCAGUAAUCUAUGGGAAACAGAGUGGGGUGAGUAGACACCAGCAAGGGUUAAUUGAGAUUACAGUCAGCAGUCAGAAACAUUCCCACAUUUUAAUGAAUCUUGUGGUGCUAUAAAUCAAUGUAAAUUAUCAUCAUUAUCAACAUAGCCUUUACUUAUGUGUCUGCAUAACCGGCAGCAGAUUAUUUACACAAAAAUGUGUAUUUAAGGAUCUGACAAUGAAAUGCUGUACACGUAUACUGUACAAUGUGUUGUGACCCAAAACAUCUACUAUUCUAUUAAUAAAUACAUGAAUGAACAUGAGAACCACAUUCAUGGGAUUACAAAAUGGUUUCCAAAUUGGUCCAUUUCAGCUUUAUUUAGGCUAAAACUCACUUACAAGCUUAUUAGCUCAAAUGCACAUAUACAAAAAUAAAUGCUUGUUUUUAAGCAAGAAUGCGUAAUGCUGCACCUUAUUGGCCUAAAGCUGGUUGAAUUGGAUUGAUAUUUAUUUAUCUCACAAUCCUAUGAACUUAAGGUGUGCCCCUUUGUGUCCUACCGUUUCAUGUGCACAAGUAAACAAAGUAAACAAGUAUGAGCAGGAUAGGAGCACAAAACUGACUCACUGCCUUCCAUAUCCUUUAUCUAAUUGCCUCCCCUCUACUGGUGUGUGACAGGUUUACCUGAGAACAUAUGGACAAGGCACCUAUAGAGACUAGUUAUUCCAAAUACCUGUGCAAAUCCAAUUUAAACAUCAUACAUUUAUUUGAAUAGUUCAUACAAUAAAACCUACAGACUUUUAAGAGCCAAUAAACUUUUUUUCUUCAUGAAUUACCUAAGCAUCAAUACAUCUUCCCAGUCGCAUGUAUAGUUUAGAGACUAACCUGCCUAUUAAUCCCAACCUGAGACCCACAAUUCUAUUCUCUCUCCUCUAAAGGUUCCAUAUGGUUUUAAAAGUGCUUUCCGUAUCCUCUGGAUGUCAGGUUCUGUGGAGGGCAUAUCUCAAUCAGAGUUGAAAAUGAACGGAACCUUGUCCUAGAGGGUUACAUCUUUCUUUACUAUAAGUGAGACAUGGGAUAAAUAGAUCAUCUCAGUACUGAAAAGGUCAUGCAGCUUUGUCAAUAAUUCAGACUAGUUCCAGUACACAUCACAGAUGCCAAAGAUGAGGCCGGCCUGGUGCAUCUCUGCUGUGUGGCUACAUGAUAUACCCUGUAGAAGUGGAUGGGGAUGCUGACCACACCAUUGAGUGUAAUAAACAAUACAAAUAAAACAGCAUAUUGAAUAAUUGUGAAAGUGAACAUAUUACAUCAUAUGUAUAUCCUACUGUAUGUUUGUUGUCCGGUUGUUGUCAGCUGCAAUAUUACACACGGCACCAUCAGUGGAAAUGAUAAGGCCACAAUAGAGAAAUACUGCUAAAAUGGGCCACAUUUUGAGUGAAUCACCAUUUAUUCU